UGUGUAGUCGCUAUAAGUGCACGGCUCAAGAAAUAUGUCACAACUAAUGGACGUGGUGGUAGUAGGCUGCGGCGCGUCAGGCGUAGCCGCUUUACGGCGACUCCACGAUGUCGGGCUGAAAGUGCUGGGGCUAGAGGCCGCUGACAGGAUCGGGGGCAGAAUCAACUCCGUCCAGUUUGCAGAGGGGAAGGUGGACCUAGGGGCUGCUUGGUGCCACGGUGAAAAAGACAACAUAGUGUUCGAGCUAGCCAACCCAUUGGGUCUACUAGGCCGGCCAGAGCCAGGCAACAAAUGGUUCCUACUGUCAAACGGGGACCUGGUGCCGAACGAUAAAGCCGAGGAUAUCGUCGACGCCUUUAACGAGGAAGUGGGGAAGGCGGAUAAGAACAGUAAGAAGGGGAUUGCUGAAUGUGUGAGGAAUGCUGCUAAAUCAAACACAACUCUACAGAAGGAUCCAAAACUGACCAACAUGUUCCUGGAGUGGUAUGAGAGGAACAGUCACCUGGGAGGCCAGAAGGACCCAAAGCAAGGGAAGUCAUUGAAGGGGUUGGAGGAGUUUUGGAAUUCUGAAGGGGAGUUCAUGCUCCAUUGGAAGGGGAAGGGGUACGCUACCAUAUUGGAUGUGCUUUUGAACAAAUACCCAGACCCGUCCAAAGCGAUUCCCGUCAACAUCCUGCUUAACAAAGAAGUGGAGAGCAUCAAGUGGAGCAGCAGCCAAGGGGACUCUGGCAGCCCUCUGGUGCACGUCAAGUGCAAAGAUGGAAGCCUGUACGCUGCUAAGAGUGUCAUCGUCACUGUUUCUAUCGGAGUUUUGAAGGAGAGGCAUUCUCAACUCUUCAACCCCCCGCUACCCGCCGAGAAAGUCAACGCCAUAAACAACCUACAAUUCUGCGUUCUCGGCAAAAUCUAUAUCGAGUUUGAGAAGCCUUGGUGGCCGAAAUCACCAGCCAACUUCACUCUCCUCUGGCAAGACGAAGAUAAGAAGAAAUUCUCUAAAGAAGACCAGUGGAUCACGGAGAUUUAUGGAUUCUUAACAGUGGAGAAUCAGCCUAAUGUAUUGCUGGCGUGGAUAUAUGGAGAAGGCGCGGAGGAAAUGGAGAAGGUCGGCUUGGAAGGAGUGAAGGCUGGGGUGGAGAAGUUGCUGAAUAUCGUGAGAAGGCAGUUCGAAGUGACGCCGGUGAAGAAUAUUAUAAGGACGCAAUGGGCUUCAAAUUCCCUAACCAGAGGCGCGUACGCCUACCGCAGUGUUGCCAACGAACAAAAUGGCGGCAGCGCCAUUACGUUGAGCGAACCCCUUUACCACAGCAACAAUUUCCCUAUUGUAUGCUUCGCGGGUGAAGCCACGUCGCACCAUAGACACACCGCGGUCCAUGGUGCCAUAGAAGCGGGAUUCAGAGAGGCUGACAGGUUGAUAGAGAGUUUAAAGAAAUAAAAAUAUUGUCUAU